CUCGAAGAAGCCCUGGCGCGCCCUCCCCCCCUCCCCGGUCUGGUAGGGCGAAGGAGCGGGCGCGCUGUCGAUCGAGCGAUCGGUUGGCGGCUCUUUCUCCUGCUCUGGCAUCCAGCUCUUGGGGCGCAGGCCCGGCCGCCGCGGCGCGCGCCCGGUGGCCGUUGGCGCUCGCGCCGCGUCUUUCUUCUUGUACGCAGAACUCGGGCGGCGGCCUAUGCGUUUGCGAUUCGACGAGGAGUCGUCCGGGUGGUCGGUGGCGGCGGGCAACUCCUCCGCCCCGCUCCCGGGGAGGCGGCGGCAGCGGCUGGAUUUGGCGCGGCCGGGGAGGCGGGGGUGGCCGGGGCCGGCCUGGAGGCCUGGCGCCACCCUUCCGGGCCUGCAAGAACCCAGUUGGGGGCGCAGGAGGGAGCUGGAGGAUGGUUGGUGGUGGGCUUUCUACUUUGCCUUUUCCUCCUCAUGCCGCCUUAGUGAGAUGCGGGAUCUCUGGCAGCAGCUCCGGGGUGGGGAUACGAACCCUGGAGUAGAAGAGCUGGGUUUGCUUCCGGGCCUAUCCACCAGCUGGCCGAGUGACCUUAGGCAAAUCACUCUGUAAUUUGUCUGCGCCUCAGUUUCCUCCUCUGCCUGUCGUUGUGUGUGGGGUUGAAAGCGCUUUGUAAACUAUAAGGCGUUGGUAUACGUAAAAGAUGAAUAUUGUAAUGUUUUUUGAGUUGUAAGAAAACAACAAUUACCCAUCUGUGGGAUUUUGAACCUGGGAACCUUAGAUUGGAGUUGGAGAUCCCUAAAACUCCCAGAUACUGUAUGCAGAAAAUUUGUGGGAACAUGCAUUUGUAAGGAAUGAUAAUCCACAGCUGGCAAGUUUUCAGAGGGUCCUGUGACCCAGAAGAGUUAAGAUCGAUUCCUGUAUGCCACUUCCUUUAUGCCACGGGGAGGAAACUGAGGCCUAGAUGUCAUUUGGGUUCCUUCACUACCAAUUUGAAGCCCCCCCCGUUUGAGUCCCUGGGAUAUGUGAGCUGUUUCUAUGCAUAAUGGAUGUUGGGGGUAACAAUAAGCCCUGCUGGCUUCUGUUCUGAAUCCUUUCUUUUCACCAUGGGGUGCCUGAAUGAUGGCUGAUGUAUAUGGUACAAUGGCACCCAAUGUAAAGCAGCUACAAUUAAGGGUGGAUGUGUUCUGUAAUAUCAAGCAUAUUUAAUCUUUGGCCCAGAAGUUCUUUGUUUUUUGCUGUUUAUACUGAUGUCUGACUACGUUUCUUUCAUUGACCAUUUUGCUAUGUUUUCACUUGCUCCUAUUUUGUGUCCCUAGUUUGUGUGUUUGGUAGUGAAUAGGCUUAUUUUUAAAUGGUGCUGCCAUGUACAGCUAAUUAAUGGUGCACAUGGAUUUUUAGCAAGCAGGCUCACUGGAACAGGCAUGGAAUUCCUGAAGAUGUUUUGGGUUUUUUCUUUAUUUGAAGGCUAACAUGCUCUUAAAAGUUCUGUUAAAACUCCUGCUGAACCUCAAAAAUCAGAUUUGGUAGCGAUUUGAAACUUUCCUGGCCUGCCAUGUAUUCUAUUGGUUAUAAGUGUGAUAAGGAGGCAGCCAAAAUGCCAUUUUUUGUUUCUUUGUUAAUUGUCAGCUGCUUUUAUCAAAUUCCAGUCUGUUAUCCAGCAAACACUAAAAAUGUUUGAAUAGUUGGAUUUCAAACAUUUUAACUUUGUGGAGUGGUGCUUACCAAGUGGUACAGCUCUAAGCAAGUGAACAUGAACACUUUUAAGUGUAGUUUGUCUGAUUAGAUGUUAGCUAGCCAGUUCUGCUGUUUCAUUCAAAUGUCUGGAAAAAAAAAAAUCAGUUGACUGUUCCUUUACCUAAAGGGCAGAGACAAAUGAUUCACUCCCAGAAAAAAUGACUUUUUUUUUUGAAGAAAACUGUGUUGGUCUUUAGCUCUUUUGUAAUUAAGUCUGGAUGUACCUCAAAAGAAUCUUUAGACUGUGGUGAUAAGAAGCUUUCCUCCAGAGAAAGGGGGAGAAAAACAACUGGAACUCAAAGCUUGAAAUUCUGUAACAAAACAUGAGAUGUCCAGGAUUGGAGGUUGAAAAGGUUUUGCUACAGUGUCCUGCAAUCAUUGAAGCAGAUAACUUUUAGUAGCUGCAGCCAUGGACUCCAGAUUUUCAAGAACUGGACCUGCAACCCAGAAGAGCUUGUCAGGAUGUGGCAGGAAUUCUGGAGGUAGUUUUUUUGGUUUGGUUUGUUUUGUUCUGUUUUUAAUUUGGGGACUGUUGACCUUGCUGAGAGAAAAGAGGCAACUGAGCAAGCACUGCCACCAGCAAUGUUUAUGGGAAUUAGAAGACCUGAGUUUCUCUUCAGAACUUCUGUGCAAACUGAUAACACUCCAUCCAAAGUGGAUUACGUCCUGUGCCUCCUGAUUGCUGAGUGUUCACCUGGACCUUCUGACCACCUUCCUUCUGCUAGACCAUCAGCCUACAGACCUGGUACCUGGAUUUUUGCUCAUGGUGAUUCCUGCCACUUUACUACUGAAGAAGGCAUCAUUCCAGUGGACACUGUGACCCAAGAGGCAUUCAUCCAUCAUGAUGUGGCCUUUACCUCCACUCCUUUCCUGUUGUACCCAGAGUCAACACAGCCCUUUAUAGUGUAGUCAAGAGUCCUGAAGCCAAAUGGCUGAAGCUAUUUUAUCACAAAGGCCCAGUUUUUUCCAUGAGUGUACAUUUCAUUUCUUCAGUUAAAGCCUUCAGAAAGACACAAUAAAGUUGGACCAGGGGAUUUGUAAUUGUCAACUAUGUCAGAAGAAAUGAAACAUCUCUUUGAGAACAGCAUUAGACCAUGCCCCCCCAAUCUCAAAUGAUUGAAGUUCAUGAACUAACUGUCUUGAUGGAAUCCCAUCAAGGUCACUGAACCCUGUUUUUUUCUACAUCAAAUCUGUAGUAGCCUACUGAAUGAGAAAGUAGAUACUCUGACCCAUUGGGAUCAAAAGAAGGCACAAUGAAUUCCUCAUAGCAUCUUCUUUGGGAUUACUCAGGAACCAGAACUCUUCACAAAACAUAAGAAAUUCUACUAAGGAAUCCCUUUACCUAAUGGCAUCUCACAAGACUACAGUCAGACUCAAGAAAAGGCCUCUUGAUACAUCAAGAUAGCACCUAUAUGCAUUUUGUGAACAGCUUAUUCUUAGAUCAUUGGUUUUCCAAAGACUUGUGGCCAUGAAGUCCUUUGAAUGAAAAUAUAGAAGCCCAGAGUAAAAGUGAAGCUGCUCUAAAUGAAGUAGUGAAGCAGAAGUGGGGGUCUGCAACCUGCCAUAACCAUCAUCCUUUACCACCAUGGUGACAUCAAAAGAGACUUCCUUGCAACAUGUGGAAUUCUUCAGAGCAAAGUUUGAAAACAACUGCCCCAGAUGACGUGUUUGAGCUGAGUGGCAUUCUAAUCUUUUGUGUACCUUCUCUCAAUAUGGUCCAUAUUCAGUUGAUGCUGAACAUUCUUAUGAAUAUUUACUGCUGACUUAGGAAUGUGCAAGAAAUGACAAAGUGCAAGAAAUGCCUUUGCCCCCCAGAAUGGUCAUGUGGGCUGAAAAUAGUGUCAAAUGAACCUUCAUUAAUAGCCCUCCAUCCCAGAUGGACUUAAAAUCACUCCUGGAAUUGGAUAGACCCAGAGAGCAACUAAUAUGCACCCUACACUGACAAAUCCCACUUACCAACCUUCAUAAACACCAGAUGUACUACUGGUACUGAAGUACAUGAAUGAUAUCUUAGACCUUCCUUGGAUACAUGAAAAACCUACAGGUUGAUACUGAAACUGAUUCCUCAUUGAGACCAUCUUAAACCAACUUGUGCAUUUGACCUCUCAUCAUUAACCAUGGUACUAUACUUCAUAUGCAAGGGAUAACUAACUAUGAAAGCAGAAUCCAAAUACUGGCAGCAUUUCCCAAAGGGGCUCAGUACCUGGUUAUCAUUCAUCUUUUCAAACUACAAAUCACUAUAUGACUCAACCAGUGGUAGUUUACACUGCUCCUUGGUUUAUAUUCAGUUAACCGUUGUUUCCAGGACAAGUGAGCCUUUAAAAAAGUUGGGUUUUUUGUUUCUUUAAUUUUAAUUUUCUCCAUCACUUGGCAUAUCUGCUUGUUCUACAAAAUUAAUAUGAAUACUAGUCUCUAACUACAUGUAACAGCUGAUCUUCAAGACAAUCUUUGGACAUCCCCUCUCAUGUGAUUUUAAAUGUAGCCAUUUGGAAAAUUUUUCUUAUAGCCAGUGAGAAAUGUUCUUGUAAUAUGAAUCUUUUGUGCCUGGUACCAUCAACUAUAUGUGCUAGCGAUAGUUAAACUUAGGCCCUUUGAUCAGACCAUGGUAGCCAACUCACUGGGCUACAUUUUUGUCAGACUGAUAUAGAAAAAAAAAAAUACAUCAACAAAGGAUUUUAAUACUUAAAACUUUUGUCCUCGUGGAUAUCUUAAAUCACAUCUGUCUCAAUACUGCUGUUUUAUACCAAUUAAAAGUGGUUGGCUUUAUUCCUUUCUGUGAGAUACUUUUAGUCAUUAGGACAAUUUAUUUCUGUAAGAAGGAUUCAAUUCUUGAAUUCCCAAAUCAUAUCAAAUGAAGAGACUUCGAUUUGUGUCCUGAGAAAAAUCUCAUCCUUUACUGCACAAUAUAAGGGCCGGCCAUCCUCAGCCACUUUAACAAAUGUACAGAUUCAACGCUGGAAAUGUUUUCUUUAUGUCCUUGUUUCUUAGCCUCUAGAUUAAUCGUGAUUAUGUCAUUCAUUCUACAAAUCAUCAAACAAGACUUAGUCCUGUUUCUGUAGACUGCUUACCCUCAGCACAUUAAAUCUGGAUGAAUAUUCUGCUUAUAUAUACAGCUUUUAUAUCUUCAAGCUCACUUUUUCUGCUGUCUUCAGAUUGUCAAGUUGUCAGGUUUUUUCCCCCAUGUGCUUUUCCUGUACCUUUCGGAAAAAGACAUUUAUCUACACUUCCAGUUAUUCCCUCUGAUCCUAUCAUACUCAAUCAAAAUGAAGGGUUUAAUAUGAGAGUGAUCAUCUGCUCAAGAGUCAAAUGUAUCCUGUGCUUAAGAAUUGGUAAUUAAGAAGGCAAAAAGCCCAAAACUUAAACCCAGGAGUUUGCCUACUAUCUCCACACCUCAAAUCUUAUCCAAAUCUUUCAAGAGUGCCAUCCAACCAGUCUGAGGCCUUGACUUGCUUGUAAGAUGACUCUCAGAGAUGAGCUCAGUUACAGAAGAUGAAGACUUGAUUACCAAAGAAAGUAGGGCCAACUUUGACAAACCUGGCUCUGCUGACCCUGCUGCUCCCAGAUAUAGUGUAAACUGAUAAACAGACCCUCAGGUCUGGAUUGGAUAUGGCCUUUGAGCUGGCUGUUCUUGGGCAAAUGAACAGGAAAAUGAGAGCUGCUAUACCUGACUAGCCCUUUAAGAUCAGAAAAUGGUAUUCAGAGUAAACCCUGUGGAAUAAUUCUGAAGUACCCAGGGCAAAAACUAAUUUAUAGAACAUUUAUUAAUCUGCCAUAUUAUAUCCUGUCUUUUGGUAUGGCUGGCCCUGUUAAAGUUGCCCUGCUUGUCAAUUUACCUGUCUCAACUCUUAACCUGCCUUUUUUAACAUGUUUCUGCAAUCAGACUGAGAAGACAAUAGCCAAUUUCAGCAUAUCUUGUGCCCAAUUCCAUCAAGGAUUUCUGAAUGGAAGCAGCCCAUACUUCACCCCAAAAGGACUUAAUGUUCACAACAGGAAAGGAUCAUGCUGCAUACUCCUAGUAGUGAGUAAACUACACUUGACCAUUUUGGGCACCUGGGACCUCUUCUGCCAGAUCCGGAAGGGAAAAGUACAGCAGAUGGAAAGCAAAUCCAUUUCUCUCUUCUGCAACAACAGAAAUGAGUCUGGUUCACCAGUACUCAUAGGAAUGUACCAGUUCAACUUGGCAAAAGACUUAAAGGAACACAAGAAAAGUUUUCCACUGAACUUAAUAAUUUAUCACUGACUCAUAUAGCCUUGCAAAACUACUUGCCAAUAGGAACCUAGUGGUCCUACUUCAUGUCACGAAGAUAAUGGGACUCUCAGACUCAGCUGAGUUUGCUUGUAUUGAAACUCUGGUAUCAUCCAAAGUACCCUAUUGGACAUAAAUUACUAUUCCAUUCAAAUGUAUUAUAGACUUCCUGAGGACAUGAAAACCAUCCCUAUGGUAAUUUUUAAAACAAUUUUAUUACCAGUGAAGAAACAAUGCCAGCAUUCAAAUUCAUAAGCAGAGAUCAAGUUUUUUCAAUAUCUGGUCAUAUCCAGAACAUCAUUUGUUUUUGAUUGCCCAGCAUCAUUCCAUCUCAUUGUAGCAAUUGGAACCCUAUCUUCCUAUUUGCAGUCCACGUGAUUUGGAUAGUGUGAGCCUUGGGCUUCAGGGUUAUACAUGUAAUUCAGACCUCAUCAAUCAACAAAAUCCAUGUCCUUGAUCAUAGCUAUUGGUUCAGGAAUGGUUGUUUGGCUCAAGUUGGUCUAUUGUUAACCCUAGGAGUUUUACUGAAUUGUGAAGAAGUUUUCUUUAUGGAGGUGCUUUAGCUUUGUAGAAUGAAAAAUUCAAACCAAUAAGGCCUAUCACGACGUUGCAUGAGCCACUCUGAGAAUGAAGCCAGUGCAAAGGAAAACAGCCAGAGAUGGAGAGACUUGAGUCCUGAUGACAGCAUUUGUGCCCCUGGAUCCAACUGUGCCUGAAGCUAGUAUAUCCCCUGGACUUUGCAGUUAUGUGAACCAAUAAAUACCCUUUUUUGCUUAUGUUA